UACGCAGCCGCAGUUAGGCAUAAGACGACAUCGUUUUCUAAGUGUUGAGGAACCGAGAAAGCCCUUCAUUCUCUGUCUGUGUCUUCCUCUGCUUCUAGUUCCCAGAUACAGUAGCUGUCGAGAAGAGAAUGGCAUCAUCAUCAUCAACAGCAGCAGCAACAGCAACAACUACAGAGAGAAGAGGAAUUCCAGGAGCUCAGUUUGUAGAAGAUGUUGAAAUCUAUCUUAACCAAUCUGGUCUUGAUGUCAACUCUGCCCUGUCUUUUCUGCAAGAAAGAUUACAGCAAUAUAAGGUGGUGGAGAUGAAACUUCUUGCGCAACAAAGGGAUCUUCAGGCAAAGAUCCCUGAUAUAGAGAAGUGCUUAGAUGUGAUUGCCACUUUACAGGCUAAGAAGGGUACUGGUGAGCCUCUUAUUGCUGAUUUUGAAGUUUCUGAAGGCAUAUAUUCUCAGGCUCGCAUUGAGGAUGCUGAGUCGGUUUGUUUAUGGCUAGGAGCAAAUGUCAUGUUGGAGUAUUCAUGUGAAGAGGCCAGUGAUCUUCUACAAAAGAAUUUGGACAACGCUAAAGCUAGCCUAGAAGUUCUAGUUGCCGAUCUGUUAUUCUUGAGGGAUCAAGUCACAAUAACACAGGUUACCAUUGCCCGUGUGUAUAAUUGGGAUGUUCACCAGAAGCGCAGAAUGCGAGAAGCUGUUACUGCUGAGAAAGACUCAUGAAAUAGUUGUUCCACUGCAAUUGAGUUUCAAAGGCAGCAAUGCAAGCUUAUCUUCUAGGGUGUAUUGUCUCAAUUCCUCGUUUCUUAAUCUGGUGAAGGUAUUGUCUCUGCAUACCUGUUGAUGUUUUCUGCAUAUCUGCACUUUUGUGCUCUGGUUCACUGCACUCAUGCAGAAGCCUGAUAUAUUAUCUGGAUCAUUUUUUAUGCAUGAUAGAAUUUCUUAGCUUGAGCUGUAACAUCUGUAUUAACUGAAAGUCCUUUAGGUUGAUUGGCUGUUUACUGUUUUGUAAGCUUUUGUUUUUCAAAAAGAUGUCCGGUUAAGUUUCAAAUCUCUUUGUUACAUAUCUGGUUUAAAUUUUGAAAUGUCGGGUCCGUGGUGGAAACAAUGGGGGCCGCAUGUAAGUUCAAUAUGAAGGAGAUGCGUUGGCAAAAGGUUUGCGAGAUGGAGGUAAAGGAGCCUAGGUCACUUGGUCUGAAUGAUGUCAGCAUGAUAGCAUCUUACCUCAAAAGGGUUGUGGAUCUGGAUUUUUUCAAUUAUACUAUUGAGUUUUUUAGUUUUAAA